AUUAGUUAUCUUCGUAGUAAACAGGUUGCGAUUUGCGAAUGUUUUCCAUGUACAUCGUUUACGAACAAUCAGUAUAAUUAAAAUAAAAUAAGAUUCUUAGCAGGUGAAAUAUGAACGACCCAAAGGUCAGUGUUAGUUUCUCCUGUCAGCGAUGUCUACAACCGAUUCACAUCGAUGAUUCGUUCGCUGCCCUUGGGGAACACACACUGGCGGAACUAGCCCUUCCUAUCAAUUCCCAUAUAGAAGUGGACAUAGUAUCACAAUCGGCCAGUUUGGAUCACUUUGUACCGCCGUUUCGAUUUGCUGAAUGUAGUGGAAAUGAUACUAACGGAUUCAUGCUUCUCUCAGAUGGUCCAGAUCGAGAAUCGCUUAGCCAAAAUUUACGAGUUAAAGCGGAACUGUUCGAUGCACUGUCCAACAAUUCUGAAAUUGAUCAUCCUCUGUGUGAUGAGUGCACCGAUACCCUGUUAGAACUGAUGGAUAAGCAGUUGAAGAUGGCGGAAGAUGAAUGGAAUGAUUACAAUAAUUAUUUGAAGAAGUUGGAGAUGACAGACGAUGUCCCGAACAUUGAUCUCCUGGAGAAGGAACUAGUCGAUCUUAAGGAAGAGGAAGAACGCUUGCUGCAGGAUUUGGCGGAAAUGACUCGCGAGGAGCUUGCGAUUAAACUGGCGGUAAAAGAACAGGAAUUAGAGAAGCAAAGGCUAAGCAAUGAGGAAGAAAAAUACUGGCGAGAAUACACUAAGCAUCGGCGGGACGUUAUAACAACCGAAGAUGAAUUCCGUUCUCUUGAAUGUCAAAUGUCAUACGCGCAGGUUCAGUUAGAUAAACUAAAGAAAACAAACGUGUUCAACGUUACAUUUCACAUCUGGCACUCCGGGCACUUCGGAACAAUCAAUAACUUUCGUCUGGGCCGACUUCCUUCUGCUCCGGUUGAUUGGUCCGAGAUAAACGCCGCCUGGGGACAGACUUGCUUAUUGCUGUCAGCACUGGCGAGAAAAAUGAAUUUAACCUUUAAAAAUUAUCGACUUGUACCGUAUGGAAACCAUUCGCACAUCGAGGUGUUGGGUGAAGGCAAAGAACUACCGCUAUAUGGAAGUGGAGGCUUCCGAUUCUUCUGGGAUACAAAAUUCGAUGCAGCUAUGGUGGCAUUUCUUGAUUGCUUGCAACAAUUUAAGGAAGAGGUCGUGAAAAAAGAUCCGGACUUUUGCCUGCCAUAUCGAAUGGAAAAAGGAAAGAUCGAAGACUCAGCUACAGGAAACAGCUAUUCAAUAAAGAUUCAAUUCAACUCCGAAGAACAAUGGACUAAAGCUUUGAAAUUUUUGCUAACGAAUUUAAAGUGGGGAUUGACGUGGGUCUCCUCUCAGUUUACUGAUGAUAAACACUAGUAUCAAACGUUCGCUUGGCGCAAUGUGAGUCUGAUAAUUUUAAUUUCAAGAUGUGUAUUUUAUGUAAAAAAAAGCGUUAAUAAAAUUCUAUU